AUGCAAGCACAUUUAGCAAUAUUACCUGCUUCACCUUAUUCAACACCAACUAACAUGUCUGAUUCGAACGCUUAUCUAAACAGUAUUUCUUAUGGCUCCCCGCAUUCUCCAGUAACUAAACUCCCAGAUUAUCUUGCCAAUACAAAUUUUGCGGAAAUGUAUUACGAAGCGCAUGAGAUACUCGAAAGCGUGACUUUUCCAACAGAAUGGAACGUUGACGAUAGAAGUACUUAUUUGAGCGUAGAUUCAGACAAACUUAAAGUAAACUAUAUAGGUCCAGGCAUGAAUGAUUCGGAAACAGCAGCUAUUCGUGCUAAUCAUUCAAUGCCCCCACAAUGUGGAUUAUUCUAUUUCGAAAUUGACAUUAUAAAUAAAGGAGAGGAAGGAUCUAUUGGUAUUGGAUUUUGCACAAAGCAAACCCCUUUAAAUAGAUUACCUGGCUGGGAAGAUGACUCUCGGGGUUAUCAUGGAGAUGAUGGGCUUGCAUUUUGUUCAGGAGUUAGUAGUCCAUAUGGACCAAAAUUCACAACAGGAGAUACCAUAGGAUGUUGUUUAAAUUUUAGAGAUGGUACAGCAUUUUAUACUAAGAACGGACAACAUUUGGGUAUAGCGUUCCGAGAUUUGAAAGGAGUUCUUUAUCCUUCCAUUGGAUUAAGAACUCGGGGUGAAUCUAUUGAAACUAAUUUCGGGCAUAAGAAAUUUAAAUUUGCGAUCGAACAUUAUAUGAAG